AUAAAUUUGGGAUUAAUUGUUGAGCAAAAGCCUCUAGAACCCUAGCUCUCCAUUUGCUGAUUUCUGUUUUCAAUUCUUUACACAAUCUACGAUCAAACACAGAGCCUCGAUUUCUCUUGAUCUGCUGCUAAUAUCGAUUUCAGCACUCGGAUCUAUCUCACUCAAGAUAUUCCUCUCAUAUUUCUGCAAAACUCCCUGAUUUCAUCUGCAUACAUCAAUUAUUUUCACCCGAAAGCUACGGUGCAUAGAAUAGCAUAUGAUUAUUGUUUGAUCGAUCGGUUCACGCUGUUGUGCCUUUGGAGAAGGAAACGGGACUGAGCCGAAGCUCUGCACCUGCUUCCGUGCUCGUCGAUUUAACAGCCACCCUCCGCCGCCGGAAAGAGUCGCGCCGCUGCGCUGCAGUUGAUCGAGAAAUUACCGUCCAAAAGCUCUCACUUUAGGGGAUUGAAGAGCUCGUACCCCGAAACGAUCAGUGAGCUAACGAGUGCGUGGACGACGGUUGCCGAAGAUACCAGCAGACCUUCUCUGCCUUAAAAAAAUAAAGUGGAAACAAAUCCUCAAUCUUAACUCCCCAAAAAAGGAGUAACUAGAAAAUCACGCGAUCACUCGGAAUUUUGCCUUUGAUCAGCCUCGCCAUUGAGAAUGAGGAAACGGACGGCGACAGCAUGGGGUGUCGCAAUCCUUUGUUUCGUGGUACUAAUGUUAGUGACUCCAGCAAUUCCGCAAUCUCAAGAAUACCACAAUUUCGCCGAUCAGCGUGAAUUCUUAGGAAUUCCUAAUUUCUUGAACGUGAUAUCAAACUUCCCCUUCCUCGUAGUUGGCGUAGUUGGCCUUGUACUUUGCUAUUACGGGAACUACUUUAAGCUAAGCUUGCCAGGUGAGCUUUUUGGCUGGACAUUCUUCUUCGCAGGUGUGGCGGCUGUUGGUUUUGGUUCUUCUUACUAUCACCUGGAACCUAAUGAUGCCCGCCUUGUGUGGGAUCGCUUACCAAUGACUGUGGCGUUUACAUCUAUCAUUGCUAUAUUCAUCAUUGAGAGAGUGGAUGCACGUAAGGGAACCUUUUCUAUUAUACCUCUAACCUUGGCGGGUGUAGUCAGCAUUUUAUAUUGGAGGUUCUUCGACGACCUCCGUCCAUAUGCUGUGAUCCAGUUUGUUCCAUGCAUUGCUAUCCCAGUAAUGGCUAUACUACUACCUCCCAUGUACACACAUUCCACAUAUUGGUUAUGGGCAGCAGGGUUCUAUAUCUUAGCCAAAAUUGAGGAGGCAGCUGAUGUACCUAUUUAUAAUGUUACCUUCCACAUUAUGAGUGGGCACACACUUAAGCAUUUAUGUGCUGCUCUUGUCCCUGUAUUCUUGACUCUUAUGCUUGCAAAGAGGGAGGUUGCUGAAGAAAGGGUCAGCUUACUUCAGAUGUGGAAAGUAUCAUGGACAAAGGUUAAGUUGAACAAUGCCAAUGUGGAGACUAUCUCAUGCGAAUACUCUGUCGCACCAGGGGAUGAGGGAGGAACGAGAUAAGCAAUAACUCAACACUUUUUAUGACUUUUCGUAAACUUUGAGCUGGGCGUUGCACUUCCUAAAGAAUGCUAACUCAUCUUUGACUUGAAUUACGUAAAUAUAUAAACGCUGUAAUUUUUCUUUAAAAAGUGAAAUAAAGGUACUUCGAAUACUA